AUGGAGGAGGAAAAGAUGGAGACGUUUUUCUCUUUACCCGGCGGGAACGUUGAUGAUGCGAACAACGAUGCGGCGAAGAAUAGUUCUCGUCGCUUGGAUGGCGCUUUUCUUCGUGCGAGUUUAAAGGAGGCCGAGAAAAAAAAAUGUGCAUACAUCGUUCGAGGGAUAAAUGCCACUUCGUUUGAGAUUAUUCGAGUCGUCGCGCCGGCGUCGUCGAUUGGUGGGCAAUGCAGAAAGAAGAACGUGUCGAGAGUCACGAUGCGUCCGAAAGCGUUCGUGAGUUGUGGUGGUGAUGGUGACAGAAAGGAGACUUUUCUUCAAUGCGCGAUAAACAAAGACGGAGACGCGAUUGCGGUUACGGAUGGUUUUACUUUAGUGACGUAUCACCGAGUGUCGACACGAAUGGAUGGAGAUGAGGAAGAUGCGGAGAAAGAGGUCGGUUUCAGUUCGUCCGAGGACGAGAGCGAGGACGAACCCCAUCCCGACGACGCGUGGGUGGAAACCGAGUCGAUUGCGCUCGAGCGCGAUAAAAAUGGAAAUUGGAGUACAGUUUCUGAUAUCGCGUGGAAUAAACGUUGCGAUGAGAUUGCGAUUGCGUACGCGAGUUUUUUAACGACAUCUCAGCGAUGCAUCGUGCGCGUUGAACACAUUUGGAACGAAGAUGAACAGAAGAGUUUACGGGUGGGAAGGAAGUCGGAUUUGACGUAUGACGUUUUGAAAGAUGAUCAAUACGCGACAAAGUUACGUUGUGGCGACACGGUGAUCGCGUCGAGUUCUGCGGAGACCGUGUUCGUGUAUUUCGGUACUGCUUGUGCGAGAAUUGCACACCCAAAAGGGAGCAUCGUGCUCGACUUUCUCGUAUUGGAGGAUGACGAAGCAGUCGACGAGGAGAAAAAUAUCUCGCGUUCUAGGGCGUUAAUUGCUACGUUAGCAUCCGACGAUUGCGUUCGUUUUUGGAACGUUAGAUGCACCACCAACGGCGACGAAGCCGACGGCGACAAUAAUAGUGAACUCGUUUCGUCAAAGACUACAUCCUCGCUAAAAGUGUGCGUUACGAACGACGAAUCAACAAGCGGUGGUAAAAACGCUUUCGUAUCGUUCGACGUGCACGAAAAUUUUCUUCUCACCGUCGAUGCAAGUGGUUUUGCCACGGCGUGGUUAUUAUCGAACAUCCGGGGUGAUAUUAAUAAUAGAAUAGCGAAAGCCACUCGCGUUCGACGGCGUUUUUCUAUGUUCGGUGCGCCAUUUUAUAACCAAAUCCCCGUUUCCGUGAUGGCGAAGUGUACGCUGAUUGAAUCUCAAAAUCGAGUCGCCGUAGAAGCGAUCGCGUACGACAGCGAACGCAUUGAACGUUCGUACGGUACGUCCACAUCUUCAGUUUCGACGUCUAUUUCGAGUGGACAUUCUCACGCGUUGAAGAAAAUCGAUUCAAAUACCAAGGCGGAUAAAAUCGGGACGCUCGAUGUCUCCGGCAAAUUGAAAUUUUGGCUGUCGAGCGGCAACGCGAGCUGGACUUCUUUAGGCGGGACAAUAGAAAAUAUAGAAUCGUUCGCCUGGUCGAAUUUAGAUGAGAAUGUGGUAUAUCUUCUUCGUCGUUCGAAUAGUAGCGUUGAUGAAGACGGGGCGCUCGCACGCAUCGCAUUCACAGACGAGAACGUUUCAGAAAUGAUCUCGAUAUCGCUUCCGAGUCAUGCUUCAAGUACGUUCUGGAAUUACGACAGUUUAAACGUGUUAAGUGACGACGAUGUUUUGAUUCUCACCCCGAGAAUUUCUGGAAACGUCAAAGUCUGUUCAAUCAAAGCUCGGCAGGGUGGAAAUGAUACCACUCUUUACGAGUGUAAAGAGAUGUCUAUAGCAUCAAAGACGCCUCGCGGUACAUUCGAUGUUGUCAAAUGUACAGUUUCUGGCCCAAUAAUCGCAUGCUUCGACGGCAACACUCGGACAAACUUCUGGCGAUUUGAUGCUGAAGUGCAAAUUUUUGAUUUGCUCGGCUAUGUCAGUUCCUCGAAAAAUGUCGUGAGUCUUUCGACGUGCGGCUCGAGAGCAUGUGUGGUUGAUGUAUCCGGGAAUUCUAUUGAAUUGCUCGACGCCUCUGGCGAGCUCGAUGGUAAGUUAACGAGCGUGGCAACCUUUCCGUGCGACAGUUUCGAGAGAUCUGGAACGCCUACAUCGGAAUGGUUAGAUAUCGGUGGUGGUUCUCUGGCUUGUUUAGUCGCUGUUAAUCAGAAAGUAUUCGUCCUGGCACCGAACUCAAAACUCGGAGAAUGGACUGUUGCUUAUUCUCGCGCGUUUGAAAAACCAAUCGCUCGAGCGGCGUGGAAGUCAAACGGUUCAAGUAUAAUCGUAUCGUUCGACGAUGGUGAAAUACUAUCUCUGGGAGUGCAAGGUCACGAAUCAUUAGCGCGUAAAAUUGCGGAAAUCUCUGCACCGUUACCGUGCUACCAUCCCGCAGUCUUACACGAUUGGAUCGUGCGCCGGAAGGCGCAUCGCGCGAGAGCCGCGAUUCGAAAGGUUGUCUCGCACCUGGAAAACGUGAACAACAUCGAUAUGCCCACGGACUUGACAUCCUCUGCGCGCAGCACAAUUUCAUCAAUAUUGGAACUAGAAAAUUCAAACGCCGACGAUCGGCCGUCGACGCCUCGUGGAAAAGUCAUCUCCCCUAGAGGCGCUUCAAAAGUGUCAGCGUUUAGCAGCGCACCGACGCCAUCGCUCGUUCCAGAAUUUGAUAUGAGCGCGUUUGGAGGUUUUGGUGGUGGUAGUAAUAGCAGUACUUUUACAACCAACAAAACGAGUCCAAAUAUGUUUGCUCCGGAAAAUCUCUCGCGUCAAAACAGUUUAGCAUCCGAAUCUACUUCGUUGUUUCGGCAAAAUUCAAAUAGUUUAGAUGAUUCGGCGUCCAUGACGACGUAUACGAGCACGGCUACUGCGCCGGGUUCAUCGGUUUCGUUCAGUGCGACCGAAGCAGAAAUUGCCGCAGAUGUAUUCUCUCGUCACGCGGAUUACCUUGGACUGAGCUCGCAAGAAGCAAUCGAAGUUCUCGGAUGUCUCGACGCUUUGAGAGAUAGUGAUGUAGGUAUCGAAGCGACGGUUGAUCAAGCCGGGAGGCGUUUACACGCACUUCAUCGCGUUCGCGAGUUAACUUUUGGACGACAAAGAGGAACCGAUAACGCCGAUGUUGAUGUAACUGGAGAAGGGUUACUCUGGGCAGCGCAUUGCGAAACCGGUGACGCUGUCAUCGACGCCAUCCUUCACACGUCUUCGUCUUCCCAAAUUGCUUGGCGGGACUUGCGCAUGCUCGGCGUCCCUAUUUGGCUUCGAAACGAAACUACCUUGAAAACUAUCCUCGAUAAAGCCGCGCGCGCCUCGUUUGCAAAAACGAAAGAUCCAGAAUCGUGCGCGUUGCUUUUUGUAUGUUUAGGUCGGACGUCAGUAUUAGCUGGAUUAUACAAGGCGAAGCGGGACCAAAAAUUGUUUGAGUUUUUAUCGCGGGAUUUCAACGAGAAGAGACACCAAGAAGCGGCGUUGAAAAAUGCGUACGCGUUGCUUUCAAAGCACCGAUAUGAGCUCUCUGCGACGUUUUUCGCGCUCGCUGGACAAUACGAAGACGCCGCAAAGAUUUGUUUGAAGCAUUUGAAUGACGUUAGCUUGUCGAUAGCUAUUUUGAGAUGCGCGACGGGUCCUUCCUCGUCGUCUGUGAUUGGUAAGGAUGGUUCGUAUUCGAUGGAGAGCGAAGUGUCCAAAUUUAUCCGCAAAGAGAUUCUCGAAGACAAAAAUGAUGCUAUCGAUUCGUUCGAUACAAAAUGGCGACUCGCGGCGUUUUAUUGGAUGUCUGGCGAUUGCGUGAAAAGCGUGGCAAUGCUUUCGCGACUUGUAGGAGGAGGCGAGACCUUCACCAACGCUGAUACUAAAAAAGAAAGUCAUGCUUUAAAGGCGUCUGCUUUAGAUCUCUUGACGCAUAUAGCAUCGAGAAGACGUAAAGUUGUUGAUCCACGCGUCCUUGUGGCGUGUGAGAAAGCGGUGAAAACUAAAAGCGCGAGCGUUUCCCGAGCGUUUGAACUCGCGGGGAUGCCUUUAGCAGCAUUAGAACGUUUAACAAAUUCUCGCGGUAAAAGAGAUGGUCACGAGAAUAGCUUGGGAUUGAAAUCAAUCAUUGAUAACGAGGACGACGUGCCUGAAUUUGAACAAGUCGGAGGCCUUUCUCCGUUGAAACAAAAAGAUAGCAUUGAUCACGCGAUGGAGCUCGCAUCGACCGUGGUUGAAAAUUUUGGUCUAAACGAUGUGGUUUCGCCGUUGCGACGUUCAGUUUCUCAGCUCGUUAACACCGGUCAGUUUGAUUUUGAUGGCGCGUUUGGAUGGAAGCUAGAUCACAAUGCAACAACGACAUCAACGCCAACAACGGCGGCGGAGCGAAUCGAUGUUCCCACAACUCCAGCGAACGACGAAGCGCUCACACAAAAAGGUUCUUUAUACCUUCCGAUCGAACAGAGCAACGCAGAUGAAGAAGGAACUUCCGUUCAACAUCUCAACGCGCUCAAACAGAAAGGCGUUCAGUUUGUCACGAAAAGUGCGGCGGCGCGUCUCGCUGCGAGUGCUCUUUUAGUCGCUUUCGAUGAAAGUGGGAGUUACGUAGCCAAAUACAGCGACGUCCCGGACGACGCGCAAGCGUGCACGGAGAUGCUUUCUAGAGCACCGUUCGAUGUUGAUGCGUCAAUGCUCCAACAGAGCCUCUCGAGACGCGCGUUGACGUUGCGACGAUAUGAAGACAAUUUGAAUUCAAACGCGAAUAGAAAAUUUUCUUCGGCAACAGCGAAUGAUGGAUUAGCUGACUUCUUUCGAUCUUCGGUGAAACGUAAAAUUGCCAGUGCUGCUGCACUGCAUAUUCAGACCUCAUCUACGAAACGCGCUGUUUCUAAAAAAUCGGACAGAGAUGCCUCGAUGCCAGUUUUGAAGAAAUCGGUCGAGCUCGCGCGUCUCAGCGGCGAUGGAUUCGUCGACUUGUGUUGCAAUGCGAGAGAAACGACCGAGUUGGCUGUAGCUGCUGUGCGACGCGGUUUAGUCACGGUCGAUUUGAAGGAACUCUCGAAAUCGGGAGACAGUAAGCGCGCCCCGGGCGUUUUAUCUGCCGCCGAAGCUAUGCGACGCGCAACGGCAGAGAGUAAAGCUAGAGAACCUACGCGCUCCUUGAUGGAACUGUUCGGCUUUUCAAAAAAGCAAAAUCUUUGGGCAGAAGCGUCGGUAUCGCUCGAAGAUUGGAACGUGUCGUUCGCUCCUAAAUAUUCAAAACGAAAGAAUCGAAUGACCUCGUCCUCCAACGCUGCUAAUGUCGCAGAUAGAGAACCUUCAUCUCCGGACGCGCACAGGCGUCCAGAGACGCCUUCUUCGGCACCAAAGACACCGCACUUACACGAUUGGGGCCACGAGCUCGGCGUCGUAAUACCUGCCGCGGCGGCGUUGUCGCGUCAAGAUUCUCAAUCGUCUCCCGGUUCUUCGCCGCGAUUUAGUCUUGCCGGUGGAAAAGAAAGCGAGUCACCCGCAGACGUUUCCGCGAGAGUCGUCGUUUCGCACCCAUCGUUCCCGAUUUUUGCGUGCGGCAGUGCAAAUCGAGGCUUACAAAUAUGGAGGUUCGGAUUCGAAGAGACGAAGAAACGAUUUCAACUUGAAAGUUCGAAAGAUAGCACGUCGAAUGGAAGCAAUUCGCACUCUACUUCAUCGUCCUCUCCCGUCGCUCUCUCGUUUAACGCUUACGGCGAACGAUUGGCGUGCGCGACUACUGACGGCCGAGUUGCCUUGUACGAUUCCUCUUCCUCUCUGCGAACGAUGGCGUCUCGCUUGUGCGUGUUUGAUAGCAACUCCAACAGUUCCGCUUUUGUUGCCGCUAAACCAAAGGAAGUUGCUUUCGUUUCAACUCUGGUUUGCGCGAUUGCGUGCGAAUCCAAAGGCUACUCCAAUGGCGUCACCGGCGGUAUGAUGCGUUCGGAAAAAGCGCUGGCGGAUGGAAACGGCAUUUUACUCUGGGAUGCCGCACAACCAAACUCGUCGAGAUGUGGUGUGUUAUACGACACAUGCGGCGUUACGAGCGUGUUGGAUUGCGCGGUCAACGGACCAUCGCUCCUCGCUUCAGGCAACAGAAAUGGCGAAGUUGUUGUGCACGAUCUUCGGAAGCUCUCUUCGUCGACGUCUGCGACGUCCACGUCAACCACGGCGCUCUGGCGCUCCGCCGCCAACUCCACCAAAAUCACCUCUUUACUCCACCACAACACCUUCUCCUCCUCUUCUCCAACCUCGGAACACCAAAUCCUCCUCUCCGGCGACGACAAAGGCGACUUGCGCGUCUACUCUUUCUCAGACGGACGCCUCUUACAAUCCGCGGAGAAAGCGCACGACAAGCACGCGUUCAUGGCGCCGAGGAUCGGCGGCGCCUCCGUCGCCGUAGGCUUGAGCUCGAUGUGCAAAUUAGAUAAAGGCGUGUUAACUGCCGGAGGCGACGGCGCCGUCAAGUUGUUCAGAUUUAGUUAG